UAUGGACUAUCUUUCUACAGUGAACAUCACUAGGUGGGUUAAAUAGAAAGCAGAAUAGCCCAACAUGCUGAAAAUGGAAAAGCAGGAAAGAUUUGAAAAAUGCCAAGUAUACCAGCAUUUUCAAUGAAAAACAAAAAGCUGUUAAAAGAUACAUCCUAAUAUUGUAAAAUUUUGGAUCCUUAAAAUUUUUUUUUACCAACUUUCAUGAAAUAUACAGCAGAGGUUAGCAACUUGUGUUAAAAUUAUAUACCUUUUAUCCAAGAAAGCAGUUUAAACAUAACUUCAAAAAAUUCCCGACAAUACUUCUAAGGUGGUAGAGUCCUCAUUUUGGACAACCAGGAUAGAUUUGCUGACAUGCACAUAGUGAAUGUUUUUUAGCCCUAUGUUGUGUAUGUUCUUCCAAAAAAUAUUUGGUUCCGCAAUAUACAUAACAACCUAGAUGCCAUCCAAGAGGAUGUAUCAAAAGUAUCUUAACAAGAGAUACUUUAUACCUAUAGUUCCAUGUUCCAAGAAUCUUUAUAUUAAAGAUCUUGUCAAAUUGAUUCUUAAUACUGGUUCUUUGAAAGAGACAAUUGUACUUUCAGCCAGGAAAUGCUCAUACUUGUUAAACUGAAUUAGCUGGCUCAAGACUAUGUACAUGACUGUGACAGAAAAGUAAACUCCCUAAUUGGCCAGCUACAAGAAUUAGAGUUACAUUAUUUUACUAUCUUAAAAUUAUUUUCUCAUUAUUGGAGAACAUAAUGUUUGCCAUUCUCAUUCAAGUAUAACUGAUGUAUGAGAAGAAAAAUAAAGGCGAAAAAAACCCCAAAAAAAUUAUUAGUUCUCCUCCAUUAUUACCCUAUAUACCCAUUCUGUUACUGCAGUCGCUUAAGGCAAUAAUAUACUUCGUUCCUGGAAGGCUGAGCUAAAACAAAUCAGAUUAAAGCACACUUCCUACAGCUAGGGUAGAAGCUAUUUUUAUUCUGUUCUUCCAGUUCACCCAGAACAAUAGGUUGGAGCCAUCUGGGCCCCGACUGGGUCUCCAGCCCUCUAGGUAAAAUGAGAGAAGCUAGGUCAUACUGCCUAGUCCUUCAAAUGCGCCAGAGAUCCAAAAAAGAAGUCCUGACCAUGACUGCCACUUUUCUAGUUUUUAGUCAACUAAAUAUUGCUCUCUCAGAAACACAAACUUUGGGAGUAAUUAAGCUACAUCAGUCAAAAGAAUUAAAACAAGAAAAAGCACAUGGUUUCAAUCAAACCAAAAGAUAUGUAUGUGCAUGGCAUAUCUGAUGUCCUGAUACAAAAACAGUCUAAACUAUGCUAUGAUGUAGAAAGAAGAAAAAGGCACAUAAUAGGCGGGGCGCCGUUCACACGAGAGUCGGUUGGUUCCUGUAUCCCUGUCCCCGCCUUCCCUCGCCGUCAUGUCGAUAUUCCUGGUGAACACCAACGUGCCCCGCGCCUCUGUGCCGGACGGGCUCCUCUCCGAUCUCACCCAGCAGCUGGCGCAGGCAGGCCACGGGCAAGCCGGCGCUGUACAUCGCGGUGCACGUGGUCCCGGACCAGCUCCUGGCUUUCGGGGGCUCCAGCGAGCCGUGCGCGCUCUGCAGCCUGCACAGCAUCGCCAAGAUCGGCGGCGCGCAGAACCGUUCCGACAGCAAGCUGCUGUGACGCCUGCGCGUCAGCCCGGGCAGGAUCUACAUCAACUACUACGAUAUGAACGCGGCCAACGUGGGCUGGAACGGCUCCACCUUCGUCUGCACGUCGCGCUCCGGAGUCCCCUGCCCCAGGCCCGCAGCCCGCACGCGGUUUUCUGCCCGCCCCGCCCCCAGCGACCCCACCUCCCGGGACGGAGAAAUAAACGAAUGAAGAUAAUGGGGAGAGCAACCAUGACAAAGAAUUUGACAUACAACAGAGCUGACAACUUCCACACAUAUGCAGAAAUGCCUUUUAUUAUGUUAAAAAUAUUCCUUAAUGAGCCAGCAAUUAUUUAUGUGAAGAGUCCAGAAAACAGACUUAUGACAGUAUUAGCCUUGUCCUUGAUUAGACAUUUAUGAAUUUAUACAGAAAACAUUAUUCC